AUGGUCUCCCUCAAGGCAGUCCAAGCGUCCAAUGCGGGCCUGCGCGCCCUUCCCAACAUCACCGCUCUCUUUGUUGGCGGCACCAGUGGCAUCGGCCAGAGCACCCUGCGUCAGCUAGCCCGAGAGGCAGACACUCCCACGGCUUACAUUGUCGGUCGCAAUGAGUCCAAGGCGGGCCCGUUUCUGGCCGAGUUGCGCCAGCUGAAUCCCAAGGGUCGCUUCAACUUUAUCGAGGCGGAUGUGUCGCUCAUUCGCAAUGUGGACGCGGCGUGCAGGCAGGUGCUGGAGCAGGAGAAGCAUCUCAACUUUCUGUUUAUGACACCGGGUGGUAUUUCUCUUGGUGGUAGAAAUGAAACCGUUGAAGGUAUCGACCACCUCUUCGCCCUACGAUACUACUCCCGCAUGCGCUUCGUCCAGAACCUCCUCCCUCUCCUUGAAUCCGCCGGCCCCAGUCGUGUCGUCAGCAUCUACGGCGGCGGCUUCGAAUUCUCCAUCAACACCGACGAUCUCGACCUCAAGCACAACUUCUCCCUCCUCAACGCCUACAAGCACUCCAUAACCAUGACCUCGCUCAGCAUGGAGCAUCUCGCCGCAAAAUACCCCAACGUCAGCUUCAUCCACGCCUACCCCGGUCUCGUGGGGACAAACAUCUACACCAACAGCUUCCCCGCGCCGAUUUCUACCUUUUAUAACUACGGCAUGUGGCCGCUGAUGUGGCCGUUGUCUGUCAAUCUAGGCGAGAGUGGAGAGCGACAUCUCUUCCACCUUAGCUCUGCACGUUAUCCGGCGAAGAAUGGUCUGCAGAACCAGGGUGUGCCGGUUGACACAGCUGAGAUCGCAAAGGGUACAACGGGGGAGACUGGAAGCGGCGCAUAUCUGAUGAACUGGAAGGGAGAGGUUCGACCAACCAGGAAGGUUAUGCAGGAGUAUCGCGAGAAGGGAGUUGGAGAGUUGGUAUGGAAGCAUACACAGGAGUUGUGGGAUCAGGCUAUUCGUUGUUGA